AAUCUUUCGUAUCGGAAAUUCCGCUCCACCCGACCCGACUUUUCUCUUCUUUCUCUCUUUCUCUAUCUGAGAACCGUCAUCUUUCUCUUCCAUUUUCCAUCUCUAUUGCUCUUGUAUGGCAGCAAGUUUGUUGGCCUGCGAGGUAUCUGACCUAUGCCUUGGAAAACCUGCGCUUCGAUCCAUAUCCAUCUCCGCUACACUGGCCGAUGCGUUAUCUAUCUUGACCAAGAUUGACGAAGGCUACAUAAGUGUCUGGAGCUGUGGAGAUCAUUCCUCCUCUAAGGCGGAUUCGGAUUUACAUUGUCGCUGCGUUGGUAAAGUAUGCAUGGUGGAUAUAAUUUGUUUUCUUUGUAGACAAGAGAAUUUGUUGCAACCGGCGAUUGGGCUUCAAUCUCCGAUCUCUGUUUUGAUUCCUGAGGGAUUUGAACUCGUUAGGCAUUUGGAACCUCAUGCCAGUUUGAUGGAGGCGAUUGAUCUCAUACACGAUGGAGUACAUAACCUUGUUAUCCCAAUCAAAAUGAGCAUAAGUAAGAGGAAAAACAUCCUCAAGAAAUCACUGGCUAAUUCCAUCUCCUCUCUCCAUAACGAUCAAGAAUAUUGCUGGCUAGCUCCGGAGGAUAUAAUCCGUUACCUCCUCAACUCAAUCGGACUUUUCAGCACUACCGCCGCGAAUCCUAUCAAUUCCUUCAACAUAAUUGAUACCAACAACAUUCUCGCCGUCCGUUACGACGAAUCUGCGUUGUCUAUUCUUCCUCUAAUCUCGCAAGCGCUGAUUCACCAAUCCUCUGUCGCCAUUGUUGACUUAGACGACAAAUUAAUCGGCGAAAUUUCGCCGUUCACGCUCAAUUUCUGUGACGAAACGGUGGUGGCGGCUAUAGCAACGCUCACAGCCGGUGAACUCAUGGGUUAUAUAGACUGUGGUGGUCCUCCGGAUGAUUUAGUGCAAUUAGUAAAGGAAAGAUUGGAAGAGAAAAACUUAGAGGCGGUUCUGGAGUGGGUGGAGGAAGAAUCAUUGACAAUCUCAUCCUCGUCUUCUUCAAUCUGUUCUUCUUCAGAUGAUGAGUUUGGAUGUGGAUCGAGUAGUUCUGGAUCAGGGAGAAGUGGAAGGAUUUGUGGGUAUUCAGCGAGAGUAAUGAGGAGAUCUGAGGCGAUUGUUUGUUAUCCAUGGAAUUCUUUGGUUGCAGUGAUGAUUCAAGCUUUAGCUCAUCGAGUUAGCUAUAUGUGGGUGAUUCAAGAAGACGGAACUCUCGCCGGAACAGUCACCUUCCCUUCAUUGUUGGCCGUUUUCCGGGAUAGAUUAAAAUUUCUAUAGUAAAACGUUUCCACACAAUUUCAAAGCUUAUGGAGUAAUCUAGAUCAUCCAAAACCCAAUAUGGUUUUGGCUUUUGGAGUUUGAAAACGAAAAUGGUUUAAAAAUAUAACCAAAUUCCAAAUUAAAAUUCAAACUGAUUUGCGAAAAACAAAGGAAAUAAUCGAAAAAGCAAUCAACAUAGGAAGUACCGUUUCGUUAAAAAAUAUUUUGAGGAACACUCCCUCCGGAAGGAUGGCGACUAUUUUAUUGUGCCUUACAUAUACACACAUGUACAUACACAUCUACAUAUAUAAAGUUGUUUGUUUCAAACUCUUUUUACUUUCA